GAAGAAAAAAUUCGUCCCGGUUGUAGCGUAGCGGCCGGCGCGUGGCAUGUCAGCCCAUUGAAUCCUAGUGCCAACCAUCGUCUUGCUUGUCUGCGCUUUCGGGGUUUCCACCUCUUAUUGAUUAUUCUCUUUUGGAUUUCCUUCUUUCUUACUCUUCCUCUUCCCUCAUACCAUCUCUAUUGUUAUUGUUCUUCUCCGAACCUUGGGUUGUCUUUUUGGCCGCUGUUGCGAUUUUGCGGUCUUGCAGCCCUGAACCAUGCCUUCGUUUAAUCCCUUCAACGCUGUGACCGGACGUCAUAGCUAUAGCCUAUUCGACGUUAGGUUAGACGAUGACUUCAUUGUUUUUCGCGGCAACGACCAAGAGUCCUCUGGACAGCUCCUCAAAGGCGUCGUGGUACUAUGUCUUUCCUCACCACUUCGCAUGGAGGACGUCCACCUCCGUCUGAUUGGAACCCUCCGCCUGCAUUGGUCUGAUCCCGGAUCUAGCACACCCGGCGUCACAGGCCAAAGAGUCGACCGAAGUGUCAACAUCCUCGACCACAGAUGGCCGGCCUUUGUUGGCACGCACGGCAAGAGCAUGACGCUCCCCGCUGGAAACUACGAAUAUCCUUUCGAAUAUACCCUGCCGGGAGACACUGCCGAGAGUGUCGAGGGCAUCCCCGAAGCAUCCAUUACAUACCGACUCAAGGCCACCGUCAGCCGCGGCAAGUUUGCCUAUGACUUGCACGCUUACAAGCACCUCCGCAUUAUCCGAACACUCGAGCCCGGCGCGCUUGAAUUCCUGCACGCAAUGAGCGUCGAGAACAUCUGGCCCAACAAGAUUGAAUACUCCAUUGUGAUCCCGCAAAAGGCCGUAGUCUUUGGCGGCACCAUCAACAUGGAGAUGCGAUUUACCCCACUACUAAAGGGCCUGGAAUUGGGGGACAUUACAGCCAAAAUGGUCGAGAUACGAGACUGCUUCAUCCAGGGAGCUACUGGUCUCAACAUGCGAGAACACCGAACAGAGCGAGACGUUGCGUCCUGGAAGUUUGCGAUAGACCGCGAGGAGCAUUGGCAUGACAUGAUUGAGGAUAGCGGACAGGAGGGCUGGAUGCUUACCAAGCCCCUUGAACUGCCCAAGAAGCUACGACAGUGUAUCCAGGAUCUGAACCACCACGGAAUCAGAGUAAGACACAAGAUCAAGCUGACUGUCGCUCUCAAGAACCCGGACGGGCAUAUUUCUGAGCUCCGAGCGACUCUUCCAGUUUCCAUCUUUAUCUCACCCAAUAUUCCGUUUGACGAGCAAGGCAACCUGGUGAACCAAGCUCCCGGAGGCGCGACCCUUGAACAGGAUCUUGGAUCAAUUGCGCCUCCCGGAUAUGGCGAACACGUGCUCGACCAGCUUUACGACGAAGUGGAUGUAACCGGGUUUCAGACACCAGCUGUCCAUUCUGGAUUCAACAGCCCCUUUUAUGGACACUCACGGACGGGCUCCUCGGAAAACCUGGCAGCAUUUUCUCUCAGCGCAGCUAUAACGCCAGCGGCGCUUUCGUCCAGGCUGGCGGAUGUCUCGCUGGAUCCGUCACAGCGAAAUAGCUCUUACCAGUCCGUCCACAAUGCGUCUGGCAGAGCCUCACCUACGCACGGUUCAAGCCAUGCAUCUCAGACUUCUCAAACUCCAGCUCACCUGAGCCGAACGAACAGCGAGGAGGAAGAAUCUAGCAACAGAAGCUCAGGGGAGCGGGCUCAGGUAGACGUUGCAGAAUUCGCGGAACUGAACCGAGUGCCAAGUUAUUCGACAGCAGUCAAGACGCCUGCGCGAUCUCGCACUCAAACCGGCGUCUUUGUCCCCGACUACCAAACGGCUCUGAGCGCUCCUCGGACACCGCCGAAUCUUGAGCCCAGCAAUGACCCUCUCUCGACCAUCACCGAGCAUACAAUUGGCGAGGGGCACUUGCAACAUGUUGCCAGAGCUUUAUCGCCUCCCAUGACUCGAUCCCACUCAGACGACACAUCAUCGCAUAGGAGAUCUCUUCUCUUCCGCUCCAGAGACCAGAUUGUCGGAGAGUAAACCUCUUUCACAACUUCACAAUUUGUACUACAAAGCGAAACAACAAUCUUUUAUCCUCUGUUUUCAGAAUUUGUUUAAGUCAAGCACUUGGUUUUGUUCUAUUCUCUACUAUUAUCAUUUUGAGCGGGUAUUACACGGUCGGCCGGUUUGUUUAUUCAGGCGUCAGCGAUUACGGGUGGACAUUUAGGGUACAGCACAUAGACUUGGGGUUUUCAGCGAUUAGAAGGUAUCAUUACAAUUUGUGGUUAUGUAGUUUUUCUUUGGCG